UGUCUCUUCAGUCUAAUAAGAACUCUUCAUUUGUUCACCAAAAGAGGAAAUACCGUCCUUUGCAGCUCUGAAUCUCCGCUGGUAAGACAGAAAACUCGACUGUGUUUUGGGACCAUGGGAGAGUAUUAUGGGCUGGCAGUUGCGGUGGGCGUGGCCUUGUUGCUGUCGACCGGCCAAUGUGAUGUGAACUGUAAAGGAUUGGACGGUCGACCGGGAGAGGCAGGACCUCUGGGCAGAGAUGGAUGGCCUGGACAGAAGGGAGAGAAAGGAGAGCCAGCUGUGGCGGACAACACUCAGGUGGAUGCAAACACCCUGCUGAUGCUGAGGGGGGAGAUGGGGAGUCGGGGCUUGCAAGGGGACAUGGGUCCCAAAGGUUACCGUGGAGCUCUGGGAGCAGUGGGUCCAUCUGGACAACCUGGUCAGCCCGGCCCUGAGGGGAAGAGCAUCGGCCACAGUGAUGACUCCCCUCAGCAGGCCAAGUCAGCCUUCUCAGUGAUCAGGAAUACUAACACUUACCCUACCUUUAACCAGGUAGUAACCUACCAGACAUAUGCGGUCAACAGACCUGGGGACUUUGACAAAGACACAGGUUACUUCACCUGCAGAAUACCUGGUGUUUAUUACUUCGUCUUCCACUCUAUGGCCAAGGUCAGCAUGUGUCUGCGUAUCGCCAGUGAGGUUCUGGGCCAAGACAAGAUUGGAUUCUGUGAUUACAACAGAAACCUUGAUCAGGUGCUGUCGGGUGGCGUGGUCUUAGAGCUGAGAUUUGAACAGAGGGUCUGGCUGGAGUCCUUUAAGGAGCAUCAGACAGAUAAUGAUGCAAGAGACUCCAGAGAAAAAGAGAUCAUCUUCAACGGCUUCCUGCUCUUCGCAAAUUAACAAAAAAAGUUCAGUUGUACACUCAAUGAUUUCACUAAAGCAUGGAUUCAGUGCUGAAGACUGAGACCGCACCAGUUUAUGAAUUUAGCAUCUAAAAGUCUCAGAUUUCAGUUCACACUUUUCAAAAAGCUGUUUUUAAAAGUUGCUUGUGAAACUUUUGAUUUGUUCACUGAUUUGUUUCCUUUAUACUGACUCAUGUAAACCUUCUUUAAAUGUUUAUUUGGUCUGUAAAUGCUACUAAAACAAAAUUAAAGUGUAUUAUUGAGUGUG